CGCUUCCUGGCUCCCUGAGUGGCUGAAGGCCGCUGUCAAUCUGUGUUCAGCCUGGGCGCAGGCGGAGGGAUGCAACCGAGCGAGGAACGUAGGCCCCCUGAGCACUGGGUCAAAUAAAUAAACAAACAAACACUCUUGAUUCCAACAAGUCAUUGAAAAGAAUUUUGGAUUCUAAAAUGUGAAAGCUGUUUCUGCUACAAUCCGGAAUGGAUCGAAACAAAAGGAACUCGAUAGCUGGUUUACCAUCAAGGAAUGAGCGACCAGAGGAUUUUGAUGGCAAUAGAGAAGGCGGCAUAACUCAAUCAGGGACAGUGUUUCCUUCGACCUAUAGAGCCCUGAGUAGUGCUGUGUCCAGACUUACUAGACUCGAUGAUUUCACCUGUGAAAAAAUAGGAUCUGGAUUUUUCUCUGAAGUUUAUAAGGUGCGGCACAGAACAUCAGGCCAAAUAAUGGCACUUAAGAUGAACAAACAGAUUAGCAACAGAGCAAAUAUGUUGCGGGAAGUACAAUUAAUGAAUCGUCUUUCUCAUCCCAACAUUCUCAGAUUCAUGGGAGUUUGUGUUCAUGAAGGCCAACUGCAUGCUUUAACUGAGUAUAUGAAUAGAGGUAACCUCGAACAGUUGUUGGACAGCAGUGAUCAUCUUUCAUGGCACGUCCGAGUCAAAAUAGCAUAUGACCUUGCCUGUGGACUCAGCUACCUGCACUCAAAGGGUGUCUUUCAUCGGGACUUGACUUCUAAGAACUGUUUAAUUAAAAUGGAAGAGAAUGGGUACACAGGAGUUUUGGGUGACUUUGGACUGGCAGAGAAAAUCCCUGAUAACACAAAUGUAGAAAAGUUGUCAGUGGUUGGAUCACCCUUUUGGAUGGCUCCAGAGGUACUUCAUAGUGAACGUUAUAAUGAAAAGGCGGACGUGUUUUCGUAUGGCAUUAUUCUAUGUGAAAUUAUUGCCAGAGUACAAGCUGAUCCUGACUGUCUCCCUCGGACAGUGAACUUUGGAUUAGACUAUGAUGCAUUUCAGAACAUGGUUGGGGACUGUCCACCUAGCUUUCUUCAGCUUGCCUUCAACUGUUGCAAUAUGGAUCCAAAGCUUCGUCCGUCCUUUCCAGAAAUAGUAAAAAUGAUAGAAGAGAUAAUGCCACAAUUAGAAGAGGAAGACCAAGAGAAAUGUGCUGACAGUGAAGAAGGUAGAGAAACCAAGCCAAUUAAUCUUCAGAAAAGUGCAGGAGAGAAAGGACUGGCAAUAAAAAGGUGCAGCCCACUUCGACUUCCAGGUGAUAAGGUUCCUCCCAAGUCUCCUCGACCUCGUCGAAAUAUAUGGCUUUCUCGCAGUCAGUCAGACUUCUUCACCCGGAAAGGGAGUCGGAAGAUUAAUGUCCAAGAUCCAUACUAUACCCCAUGCAAAGGAACGUCACGCAAGGUUAACCCCUUCAAUGCCAGGCAGGAUCUGAAAGGUGGAAAGAUCAAAUUUGUGGACACACCAAGUAAAUCAGUAAUAUCACUUGCAUUUGACCUGCCGUCACCUGAUGCUGUAAGCUACCCAGUCACUUCAGUAUCCCAGGUGAAACAGUGCUGCUUUGGAGAUUUUCAGGAAUCUUUACCCUCUGAGAGACAAUAUAGGUCCCUUCCAGCUUCUCCUGAUCUUUCAACAAAAGAAUGUCACAGUUUUGGGCCCUUUUCACUAAAGCUUGGGAAGUGUGACCCUAUGCAGCUAGAAACAGAUGCACGGCAAAAAGUGUCAAGCAAUUCCAUAUACUCUGAGUUGGAAAUUCCACCAUUUAAGUUCAAACCGCAGGCACAGGAAUUUGAAUCAUUAGAACAGUUUGCAAUGGACUGUUCAGCAAGUGAGUGCCCACAGGAUGAAAAUGAAACAUGUGCAAAGAACAGGAAACUAUUAAAGCUAAAAGCUAAUGAAAGCAUGAUUGUCCUUGGGCAAGAAAGUUUGAAUUGUAAUAACGUGACUGGAAGUGUUGGACCAAAUUUAGGUGGUGCAUCAUUCAGCCAUUGGGAUAGCUUAGUUUCUGGUGAAGAAAUGGAGGAACAGGAAAUGCAGAGGGACCUGUCUAAAUUAGCGAUACCAGAACCUAAGUCACCUUUCCAUGUGAAUUCAGCUCUGAAACACGAUGAAGUUGAUCUGAGUGAUUCUGUUUUUCCUUUUGAAGCUUCUGACAUGGAAGGGCAUCCAUCUGUAGUACUGACUCCGUGCAUGACUUCAAAUCCAUGUCACCUUCAGUCAAAAUGUGACAUUUGAUAAGCAUGCAUGUAUUCACAUUGUACAGAGGCUUCAUAUAACAGCUAUUUCUGCCUAAUUAAAAAUAGUUCCUUUUUAUUUUGUCAGAAAAGUUAUAUAUGAAAGACUAAAAUUCCAAAGCUAUUUUGGCAGAUGGAUGCUGGUACCGUAGACAUCAGUCUGUUCUGAUAAAUUACUUGGCUUAAUAUGUGAUAAUAAGCCAGUAUUAUAAGUUGUCUCAUUCAAGUGGACUUUGGAUCCCCUCUAAGUUAAGUUGAACCUUUACGAUAGUAGUUUUAUGUCUAAGACUAUCCACUCCUCACCCCUUUUAAUGUCAGUAUCAGCACAUAAGCAGUAUAUCCAUUUGCAACUUUCAGUAUUUGUAGGAUCACUAAUGAUUUGGACAAAUCUGUUAGCCAUUGUUUUCUCCAUUUCAAUACAAAUAAGAUUCUUUUAAAACAUUUUUGUCGAUUUUGAUGCAGUUUGUUGUAUCACCGAUAGCUAUCAUUUUACUGAAAACCUAUUGGGAAAGUCAAUUAUAAAAUUUCAGUUUUAUUUUCAUUUCUCUUGACAAAAUCAUGUCUGUGCUGCAGGAAGAUUAGUUGAGUGAAUGUGAGUAUAUUUACUUCAUGUUUGCACCCAAAUCUGCUUGAGAUAAAAUUAUGUUAGGAACAGAGUUUCAUUAUAAGAAUAGCCUGCAUGUUUAGGGUACCGGUAUGUAAUGAACUGUGUCAAGUGUCAGUAUGGUUUUUCCUUGGUCUGCAAAAAAUGUAUUUUUUCUAAAUUUGUUUAAAUUUUCUAAAUUUAGAUCUAUUUCUGAAUUCACUCACAUUAGAGACAAGUCGCCAAGGUUUUUUAUACAAGAGAAGCACUUCAUCACUUUCUUUCCUAUAGCUUGAAAAAUGUUACUACUGUAUAUUUUGUAUUUCAACUUGGACUACUGUAACUGGAGUCAGCAGCAUGGUGCCAAAUGCAGUUCCAUUGUAAUGUGACGAUUUUGUUUGAAUUGAAUAUUUUCUUCCUCUUGUCUCCCCAAAAUGCAUUGGAUUCUACAGAUCAGUAAAUGUUUUCCACAACUUCUGCUGCUAUGUAACUGUCAGCUAGGCUGUGUCAGACAUUUAUUUGACUUCUCUGUUACUGUUCUUUGUAUCCCUGUGUGCUGAAGUAUCCUACACAUAUGUUUAGUGCUGCACUUCAUUGAACCUAGACUGCCCUCUUUUUUAAUAUAUUCAGUUAAUUAGAUUUUAACCAGGAAUGUGAAUUAGAAAGUAAUGGUUCUUUUUACACUCCAUUUAAAGUAGGGCUAUCGAUCUGGAUUUUACCUGGAUUAACAAUAAGUCAUUGUCAAGGUAAAUUGGUGCAUUUGACUUUCAUUUGAGCUAAUGAGAGAUUUACUUCAGAUUAUCUGUGUUAACUUGAGUCAUUUUUUAAAACAUAUCCAGGUUUUCCCAUGGUAAUGUAUCAAAUUGCAUUGCAGAUAUUUUCUGACCUCAAUCAGUUUUGAUAUAUAAUAAGCAAAUUAAUUGAUGGAGAAUGAGUUGCUGUUAAGGCCCAUGAACUUAAAUUUGUUGAGCAUUUCUAAAUCUUUCUUACUUUUUUUUUGAAAACAUUUUCACAUCUUGUGACUGCCAGUGAUCAUUUAACAUCCAGUUUGAUUUUCCAAGUACAGUAUGAUAAUGGUGAAGCAGCAGUUCAUUGUUUGACUCUGCUUUUUUUAAAAAAAAACACUUGGUCAAGCUCAAAAAUGCAUUUGACAUAUUACUUUGGCCUGUUAUAUGUGCUAUUUACAUUUCUUGAGUUUUUUUUGUAUUAGACAAUUCCACAGGUUUUGUUUUAGUUCAUUCAAUUCAUAAAAUUUCUACUAGAACAGCUCGAGGGUGUGAAUAGAGAGUUUUGGACAGUUUCGUUUUUACUGUCUCAAACAUUUGUAAUAUCAAAAACUUACGAGAAAUAAUUUAAGAUUGCAUAAGUUGAUUUGCUAGGGUAAACAAAGGUCUCCGAAUAGUGAUGCUUGUAAACAUGAUUAAUGUGUUCUAAUAUUAGAGUAAAAAGGGGUCCUUUGUAGCUCUGCUGAGCUCAUCAUUUUAGCAAAGAUGGUAAUUGAAGUCGUAUUCUUGAUCCACCUUGAUUACUAACUUGUCUAUUUCACAAAUUACAACUUUUGCUGGGGAAAAGAACGAUUGUGUUGCAUUUCAGCAUAAUGUACCACCUGGCUUGAUGCGUUUUAUUUUGGAGUGGCUAACCAUUCAUCUUGGCACCAUCUUUCCCUAGUCUUUAUAUUGGCCGUGAUUUGUGCUAUGAAAACAGCAUUAGCCAAUUUAAGUGCAAAUCCAUUUAAUUUUUAGGGUUAUCAAUGUAUUGAGACCCCAAGAAGAGACUUAAUUGUGAUCAAAAACUGAUGCCUUUGGUGUAAAUUACAAUUAUUGUACAGUUUUGAAUUUAUUUCCCAAGUAGAAUGUACAACUGAAAUGUACUAUUCAAGGAGACUUACUAGCGUGUUGAUUUGGAUAAAGUUAUCAAUAGAAUCAAAGUUAACAAUGUGCAGCAAGACAAAAAGUUGAAUAAUAAGAAUACAGUCUUUUGAGAAGCAAACAAGGAGACAUAGUAGGGGUGUAUUUGCUGCUGUGAUAUUUUUGUUGAUAUUUGAAUCUGGUUAAUCCGAACAUUUUGGGUGAAAUAAACCUGAUGCCACUUGUAAAAUUAUAUAGGGCUUUAAGUUCUGUUUGGGCUCUUGAAAGGGUUUUGGUUCCAUGUAAGAAAUGGCUCAAUAAACAGCAAGGACAUUGUCUUCUCAUCCAUCGACCUUUAUUUGCAAACCUUUACCUGGAGCAUGGAGGUGUUGUAGUUGAGCCUCAGCUGUUGUAUAUUUGAUGCCUAAAAAACGUUUUAAAAAUUCCUGCCCUAAACCUGGCUGAAUAACAAUGAGGGAAAUAUAAAUAGUAAGAGGUUUAGUAUCUUUCAUGAUGUGUACAACAUUUGGGUACAUGGCAUUAAUAUUUGUAUGCUUUACAUCAACUUUUGUGUGGAAAUGUGUCCAAAACAUUCUCUACAUCUUUGGAGAGCACUAAGUAUGUAAAUUCGGGCACUCAUUGGCAUGUAACAGUUAUGUGCUAUUUUGUUCACGACAGGCAGAAGUUUAGCACCUUUUUUAAAAAAACAUGUUGCUGCAAUGGUCCAAGAUGGCAAAUUAAUCAUUUAUUGGCUCUCCUUAACCAUCACUGCUUGCCCUCAUCUCAAACAUUAGAUCCUGACUGACAGUGGGCUUUGUGCUAGUUUGGCUUGCAGUGUAUAUUUUAAAGAAAUCAAAACACACAGUUGAGGUGUAAUGUAUAAUAUAAGGGGAUUCUAGCGUUUACCUUGUUUAUGAUUACAAUGUCACAACUUAAUUCAAAGUAAGAUUUUUGCAAUAAAUAAUGCGUCAGAAUUUUUGCAUUCCAUUGUGGGGAAACAGGUAUUUUAGUACUAAACCAGUCGGAAAUCGAAUGGAAUCUCAUUUUGAAAUGCCUCCUAGUUUUCAUUUUGAUGUAUGAUGUCAUUGAGUACAAUAAGCAAAGCUGGGCACCCAAAGUCCUCCAGCCUUACAAACUGUUACAAAGAAAUGCAUUUGCUACAAAGUUGCAUUGCACGGUUGUUAGUGUGUAGCUGAGUUCAAGGUCAUUUGGUUUUAUGACUAUUUGGGUGAACUCCAACAAAUAAUAGCGAUUGAUGUAAAAAGGCCCACUUUCUUAAAAUGACUUUGUAUUUCUAAUACAGAAUGUAAUGUAUAAUAUUGUGUAGAUUAGAAUGACAGGAAUCUGAUGGUUUGGCUUCACUUUGUGAUUGCACAAAAGAUAUUGUACAGAAAGGCAUGUAGCUUUUGUAAAUUAUUUUGAAUUUCUGUAUAUUUGAUUUCUUUUCCACUACUGAGACAGGAAGCUUUUUGCCCUCGCGUUUCAUUACAAGAAUUUCAGAUGGCUUAUACUGCAAUUUUUCAUGGGAUUGGGAGUGGGUAUCUUAUCCAAUAUAAGAUAGAAGUCCAUUCAAAUGUAGUGGUUGCUUAUAUGGCAUAUACUUCAGACAUAUUUUUCAUUGAUAGAUUCAACUCGAUUAUUUCUGAUUUGAAGGAAUUACAACCAAUUGAUAAACACCAUGUUUCAAAUGUACUUUCUCCUUGUAAUAUAGAAGUUGUUGCAAAGUUGAAGAUAUAGCUUAAAUGUUCUCAAAGUAUCACUCCAAUUGAUUGCAAGUAUCGUAAUAUCAGCAUUGGCUCAUAUUCUGCCUGAGACUGAAGGUUGUAGAUUCAAGUCUCAUUUAACUUUUAAACACAUUCUGCACAUUGACACUUCAGUGCAGUACUGAGAAUGUUGUGGUGCUGGGGGUGGUGUUUUUCCGUGGAGAUAUUAACAGAUCUUGUACUGGAUGGUUUGCAUCUACCCUACAAUAACAAGUGUUGUUUUCCCUGCUGUGCUGACCAAUAUAUUUUUUCCCCUGUACUAAUCAUUUUGGGGCAAGGAAAAGGCAGAUUGCCUAACUGUCCUGUUGCUGUAAUUGAUUGUCCAAAUUAGCUACUGGAUUCCCUACUUUACAGCAGUAACUACAGUUCAAAAGUAUUUAUUCCAUUGGCUGUAAAGCACUUGGAAUGUCUGGAGGCCAUUGGAAUGGCAGUUGCUUCUGAUCAAAGUGCAGUGUUGAAAUGACUUUUAUGCUUCACUUCAGAAUUUCAUUUUACGUAAUGUUUGAUACGUGUAGAUUGUAGCUUUUGAAUUGAAGCACAGGCUUUUUUUUUUGUUAGAUACUUCUCCAUCUCUUAUGGCUUUUCCUUAUGUCUGAGUAUGUUGCUCAAUAUCUGGAUGUUAGAAGUAUUUCACACAUACACUUAAUUUUUUUUCACCCUACAUCUGAUAAUGCAGGAAUUUAGUUUGGGAAAACCACUGUUGGCAUGUUUGACUACCAAAUAUGCUGUGCAACUGAAGCACUAGUCUGCAUGUUUAAAUAGACCUUCUGCAGGGAGUGUGCAGAAGGAUAAGGAGGAUACACAUCCACAGCCUGCUUUGUAACACUGGGUCAUGUAAUCAUUUGUAGUUGUCUGCAGUUUUGAAGAACUUGCUACACUAUGCUGCACGUAAGUUUUAUAUAUAUAAAAAUAUACUGACCUUAAAUAAAUAUCUGACUUUCACAAGCUUGGGAAAAGCAAUGUGAUCUGCUGGGAAGUUCUAGCUAAGCCUUGAGAAGCAGAAGGUCGGCAACAGCUUUGUUCAACUCUAAUCUAUUUGUAGCCUACCAAGAAUCUACAGAAGUGAUGAAUUUGGAUCAAUUUAAUUUUUCCAGAAUCGUUUAUUAUGUGUAUGAAUGGGAAUUGCUUUGUGAUUCAGCUGCUAUCAGGUGCAACACGAACAGCCGUUUAUAAUUUUCAUACAGGAGGAUUCCUUUGUGUAGAUUAGCCUUAAAUUUUGAGCUAUAUAUUUAAAUGGUGACGAGUUCACAAAUAGAUUUUCUACACCUGGUGAAAUUUUUCCCUAAAUCUAUUAUUGUGCAUCAUGCAUUAUUCAUUAACCUAUUUCAGCAAAAUGUAAGUGCAUAAUUUUGGUAACAAAUUUCAAUGUAUUGAUUGCUAGGCUUUAAACUUUUUUUAGUAAGCUUGUGAAAAACCCAAACAUUUUUUUCCCUCAAAGAUAUUAUUUCCAUUCCAAAAGAGUUUACGUUGGUUUUAAAGAUUUAUCAAAGGAUUACUGAAGCAUUUUAUUGUGAUUCAUUUCCUGAAUUAAUUUCAGAAUUAAAACUAAAUUGUUGUUUUGUCCAUUUUAACAUCUGUCUAGAUGAAAGAACUCAAGAAUUGUUAAACUCAUUGUUUUAAAUUUACUAGUUUGAUUUGUUCCCAUCUAUUUUACCUUCCCUGAAAUGAGAACAUUAAAUUAUUUUACAAAACAUGUCAAAGAAUAUUACAUAGCAACAGAUGUAUAGCCCCAGAUUGUGGUGCAUACCUUAUUAGUUCAAAUUCAGACACACGAAUUUUUCAGUUGACCAGAAUGCAGGAAAGCUAAAGAGCUUCCCAUUUUAAUUAUUAGUCCUGGUUUAUAGUGCCACAAUGUCUCUGGUAUUUUUUUUUAAGUUUUCCCAUACACACAACUUGCAGCAACAAAUACUCUUAACUGCUUUUGCUGAUCAUGAUUUGAACAGAUAGUGUUAAUUACUACGUGACAUGUGCAGUUUCUAUCGUGGAACCUGCUAUAGCCAACUUAAUGCAUCUUCUUAAUAAUUACAUUGGAAAAAUUGGGAUUAUUGUAUUUUUAUUUUGCUUGCGACUCCUCUUCCACCAGCAACAAAUUAACAUUUUUGUAAUAUUGUCAAAAGUGAGUCCACACUGAAGCCGCCUGCUUGCAUGAAAAAACCUUUUUUCCAAUGCUUUCAGUUCUGCAGCUUAGGAAGCUAUUGAGUGUUCAGGUUUUGGAAAACUUUUAGUCAGUCACAGUAGUUCAAAAUGGUAAUUUUUAGUUCAGGCAUUUUUGCCUCCUUGAAAUUUAGAAGAAUUCUUUAUUUUUGUAAUGAUUAUGGAAAAAUCCCUGUGCAUUUUAAUACUGUGACUGGUAAAUACUUUUUACAGUUAGUUCCAUCAGGUUUGACUAUAUGAACUAUGAAUAGAUACCUAGAAUUGCAGUCUGCCAGUUACUCACUACAUCAAGAACUGCAAUCAAUGCUAUAAGCAAACAUAAUUUGAUCCAAACACAGUUGCUGGAAAAGCUCAGCAGGUCUGGCAACAUCUGUGAAAGAGAAAACAGUUAACGUUUUGGGUCCAGUGACCCUUCCUACCUGAUGAGCUUUUCAGCAACUUUGGUUUUGUUCAUAGUUUGAUACAUAUGUUCUUGUGCCCAAGUAUUCAGAUAUCCAACAAGAAAUCUAUUGCCUUUUUGAUUUUCACUUGCAAUAUCCCCAAAUAAUUAGAGUAUCCUCAAAAUAUGUAUGAUACAAGUGAUUUAUACCCAGACCCUGAAGUGUUCUUUAAUAUUAGCCACUUUGAUUUGAGAUUUGAUGUUAUUUGAAAUUUUUGCAGCAAAUUCUAUUCUAUUUUCCUGUAAUCAGUUUGAAAUUAUUGAAUGUUGACAAAUGAAUCAGAGGGCAGUUAGCAGUUUCUCCUGCAACUAGUUUGGUUCCUUUUUUAAUAGGAAAGGAACAGUGUUUCAAGAGUUUAACCCUAAGUUACUGACCAAGGUGGGCAUAAAUCUGCAGUCAUGUGCUGUUGAGAAAGGUUGAUAGCAUUUGGUUAUAACAACAGUAAAGAAAAUAAUUGCAAAGUUUCUGUAGUACCACAUUGCCUUUGCAAAAUGUUAAAUGUAACCUAAAAAGGGCAUUGGUAAUGGCAGAAUGUGGCACAUUCUGUCUGGAUAUACUUAGUUCUUUUUUCUGAAUGCAAGUGAUUCAAGAACGGAUCCUAAGGUGUAGGGGAGCAUCAAUAUAAUUUUGAAUUGUGGUUUGCAGUACUUUCCUAACUCAUUAUAGACUUGAACAAUUAAACUAUAAUGUUCCUUUUGCCAGUUUGCAGUUGCAACACUUGUAUAACCAAAUCAUUUGCACUUGUAAUAAGAAGCCCUUAAUAUUCUUGUCACUACAUUUCUAUGCAAAAAUAUUUUCCUCUUUUUGCAACAGGAAGAAAAAUGUUGAUUGUGAAUCUAUUUUCUUAUUUAUGAAGGGGAUUUUGCUAAAUGUCUUAAUAUUCAGGUCUGUAAUU